UCCCUACAAAUCAUGAAACAGCGAAAUGAAUAAGAUAUAUAUAUAUAAACAUAGGUAUAUAAUUUGUGCUUAGGAACGACACUUCUGGUUAUUUUUUCGAGUUCAAGUAAUUCAGCUCGUUUAUUUUUUUUUUCAUUGAAUUGAUCCUUUAUUAUGGAUAUUCCUGGAAUAUUAACUCCCAAAAUAUUAGAUGAAUUUCAAAAGAAUUUUAAUGAAGAUAAAAAAAAUAUAUUAGCCCAAAAUGUGUGUACAAAAAAUGAUCCAUUAGAAUGUUGUAUUUCAAGAUCAAAUAUUGAACAAACAAAUCAUGUAUUUCAACAUAAAGUUUCGGAAGUUAAGCCAGUGACAAAUCAAAAAAAUUCUGGAAGAUGUUGGAUUUUUGCAACAUUGAAUGUCAUCAGGAUUCCAUUUGUGAAGCAAUACAAUUUAGAAGAAUUUGAAUUUAGUCAACCUUAUUUAUUCUUCUGGGAUAAAAUUGAACGAUGCAACUAUUUUUUACAUAAUAUUGUCAAAACUGCGAAACAAGGUGAAAAAGUUGAAGAUCGUUUAGUAUCAUUUUUGCUUCAUGAUCCAACAUGUGAUGGUGGCCAAUGGGAUAUGAUUUGCAAUUUAAUUAAUCGAUAUGGUUUAGUACCAAAGUCAUGUUUUCCUGAAUCAUGGACUAGUGAAUCAACAUCGCGUAUGAAUUUUAUUUUAACAAGCAAAUUGAGAGAAUUUGCUAAGGAAUUAAGAAUUUUGGUUACUGACGAAGCAUCUGAUGAUGCUAUUGAGAAAAAAAUUCUUGAGCAAUUAAAUAUAGUAUAUCGUAUUGUUGGUAUUUGUUUAGGUAUACCAUCACAAUCAAUAACUUGGGAAUACUAUGAUAAAACUAAAAAUUAUCAUUGUAUUGGGCCAAUAACUGGCUUAGAUUUUUAUAAAAAAUAUGUCAAACCGAUUUUCAAUGUUGACGAAAAAGUAUGCCUAGUAACGGAUCCAAGGCCAAGCCAUCCUUUUGGUCAUCUUUACUCAGUAGCUUGUUUAGGAAAUGUGAUGGGUGGUCGUAAAACAUUAUACAAUAACCAACCAGCUGAAUUAUUAUUAUCACUUACUGCGAGAAGUAUUAAACAAAAUGAAGCUGUGUGGUUUGGUUGUGAAGUUAUCAAACGUUUCGCUUCUAAACAAGGCUUUCAUAGUAUCAAUGCACAUGAUAUAAAUUCUUUGUUUGGAAUAGACGCUCAAAUGGGAUUAUCUAAAGCAGAUAGACUUAUUUAUGGAGAAUCUUCUAUGACACAUGCUAUGGUUUUUACUGGAGUCUCAUUUGAUAGUGACGAGAAACCAACAAAAUUACGAGUAGAAAAUUCAUGGGGAGAAGAACGUGGUGAAAAAGGUUACAUCGCAAUGACUGCUGAAUGGUUCUUGGAGUUCGUGUUCGAAAUAGUUGUAGAUAAAAAAUUUGUACCUGCGGAAGUAUUGGCAGUAUUUGAGCAAGACCCUGUUAUUUUACCAGCCUGGGAUCCAAUGGGGACUUUGGCUCAAUGAUAUAUCUCACUAUCUGCGCUAUUUCAUACUUCGCCAUGAAAUUCAAUUUUCAUAUACAUAAUUUUUUUCUCUAACAUAUUUAUACAUAUGUCUACUUAUAUUUGAUAAGAUUGUUUUUUUUUAUUUGCAAUGUAAACUAAUACAAGAAUUCUUGAUUCGCACGAACAUUUAUAAUCAUAAGAAAGUUUCAAAUAAAUAUUUCAUUUUAUUAUUUUUCACUCAAA